UACAGAAAAUCGCUUUAAAAAUAUCACUAUUAGCUUAUGAUAGAUUUCCAUGUAACAGUUGCUACAUUAAUUAACUUGUUAAUAGUAUAUUUGGGACAUAAGCGAAACUCUAAAAAGGAGCAAAAUAUUAUUAUGGCGGUAAACUAUUGGGCGUUGUUCUUAACACCUGUUGCUUUUUCUUGGAUUCAUGAUUUGAAUCAAUUUUUGAUUUAAAGUUUAAAUAAGAUUAAAUUAUUUUUAUUUAAAUCAUGGUAGAACGAGAAAUUAGCAAUGGGUAAAAGUGAAGAAAAAAACGGGAACACGAUACAAGUAGGAGAAUCUACAUUUCUUACAAAAACAUCAAGCGAAGCUAGUAAGAUGUUAGAAGCUGCUUUAUUACAAAUGGAUGACAUUAUUUCUGGUGUGUGUACUGAUAGUAAUAAUGAAGGCAAUACAGAAUGGAAGGAUUCUGUCAAAGAAGCAACAAAAAAUCUUGUGACAGCAAUUAAAAACUCUCCAAGUCCUCCUUCUCCUCCAGAUACAGCCACUACUGAAAUUUUAUUACAAUGGAUGCAAUUGAAUUGUCCAUUAGGUUAUGCUAAAAUGAUAGCUCUGAGAGGAAGUGUACCUAAUCUCUGUACAUCUACGAAUUUAACACAUGUUGGAACUCUUCCAUCAUUCUGUUCUGCAGUAUAUGAUAUGAGCUUUUGUUCAAAAAUCCAUAAUUAUCAAGGAAAUAAACAAUAUAAAGGAAAUCAAAACAAUCAAUAUUUAAAAUUAGGAAAAAAGCGACAAUUAAGGAAUAGAAUAGAACAUGAACAAAAAGCUAAAUCACAAUCAGAUCUUUCUUUAAGAAGACAAGAAUUUUCUUCUUGUUGUUCCUUCCAAUAUUUACAAGACAUUCAAAAAUGGAAUGAAUAUCAAGCAAAGACUAAGGAACGUUUAAAAAAGUUAGAAAAUGAACGUGGAACAUUACGUAUGGAAGUAUCAGUUUUAUCAGAACAAGUAGAUGCACAAUCUAGUAAAAUCCAAGAAUUAGAAAAUAUGCUUCGAGAAAAGAAAGAUUCUCUCAGAAGAAUGGAAGAAGCAUUACAAAAAGAAGUACUUUCAAGAAGUGCUUUGGAAACACAAAAAUUAGAACUUUUGAGUUCUUUAUCAGAAAUGAAACUUAGACAAGCAAGUUUAGAACAUGAAAAUCUUGCACUUCGUAAUACAAGUCCUAUAUCAAAUGGAGAGAAAUUUGGAAGGCAUACCACUCAAUAUAGUAGUCUUCCUAGGCCACCGAGUUCUUCAAAGAAAGGUGUAGUGUUCGGUAAGGUACCCAGUUUAAUUUCUGGAGCACACACAACAGUACCAUUGGCCAUUAAAGGAGCAUCCGCGAGAUGCCUGUCUGCGCCUACUCUAGCUGAAAAAGAGAAAACAAUCAUAGGAGAUUCAAAUUCUCGAAUAGUAUCAAUUGCUCAAAAAUCUUUGAUGGAACUUUCAAUGGAAGAAAUUGAAGAUUGGCUCGUAAAUUUAGGAUUAGAAUGUUACGCGGGCGAAUUGAGACGAUGGGGUGCUACUGGAUCAAAAUUAUUAGACUGCUCGCAACAACAAUUAGAAAAAGAAUUAGAAAUUAAAAAUGUUCUUCAUAGGAAGAAAUUAUUAUAUGCAAUAGAAUCCGAAAAAUUUGAUGGAGCUGAAUUUCUUGGAUCAGAUAAGAUGGAUAAUACUGCAGUUUUACGAUGGUUAGAUGAUAUUGGAUUACCACAGCAUAAAGAAGCUUUCCAAAAUGGUAAAGUUGAUGGAAGAAUGUUACAUCGACUUACCACUGAAGAUCUUUUAAAUCUUGGAGUUACUGCACAAUUACAUGCUGCAAGUCUUAGACGAGGAAUUCAGAUUCUACGAGAACUAAAUUUUGAAUUUGAUAAUCUUGAAAGAAGAUCAACAAAUGGAAAUGGAGCAGAUGGUGAUAAUGUUCGUCUUUGGACAAAUCAUCGAGUAAUGGAAUGGCUCAGAGUAGUUGAUUUAGCGGAAUAUGCUCCAAAUAUGAGAGGAUCUGGAGUACAUGGAGGUUUGAUGAUUUAUGAAGGCAGAUUUACUUCAGAAUUAUUGGCCACAUUACUUAGUAUUUCUCCAGGAAAAACUCUUCUUCGUAGACAUUUAACUACACAUUUCAAUCAAAUUCUUGGAAGAGAAGUCGUACAAAGGAAAAGAGAAAUUGAAAACACUCCUGGAUUUAUUCCACUUACGCUUACCGCUCGUUUAAAGGUACCUAAGAAAUCUCAGUUUACUUUAAAGCGCAAAAAAAGCAAAAAUGAAGCAGAUUAUGGUAAUUUGGUCUGUCCUUUGGAAAUUUCACCUCCAGGUACUCCAUCAACCCCUACUUCAACACCAGGCAGUCCUAAUUUGAAUUCACCAACAUUUUAACAAUCAUAAAUCAUAGUCUUGUAAGUCUAACUUGACUAAUAAUCAGAAGAUAAUAAUCAGAGAAGAAUGAUUGGUUGCAUUUGAAAAAUGUAAUUGCAUCUACAUACAUAAAAAAAAUAUUCUGGGGACCAUCAUUUUAUCUCUCUUUAGUUUAAGUCUUAUUAUUUAAUUUUGAAUAAUGAAAUAUUGAAUAAUGAAAAUAAUCAUUUAAAAAU